CACGGCUUCACAGGACCAGAAGGAAGCCAUGGCAGGAAGGAGACACCAGUUUUCUUCGGCUUCGGCCAACGUCCGAUGCGCGACGUUGAUGGGCCACGUCGACCAUGGCAAGUCGUCGUAUGCCGACUCGCUUUUGGCCGCGAAUUCAAUCAUCUCGGCCAGGCAAGCAGGUAAGCUGCGUUACCUCGACUCGCGCGAGGAUGAGCAGGAGAGGGGCAUUACGAUGGAGUCAAGCGCUGUCAGCCUGAGCUUCAAGCUUCGACAGAUGCAGCCCGACGGCAAACCGGGCCAGAUCCAAGACUUUAUGAUCAAUCUCAUUGACACACCUGGGCACGUUGACUUCUCGAGUGAGGUCUCGACCGCGAGCAGGCUUUGCGAUGGAGCGCUCAUCAUUGUCGAUGUCGUCGAGGGUGUCUGUACACAGACUAUUAUGGUACUGCGACAAGCUUGGAACGAGCGCAUGACUCCGAUUCUCGUCUUAAACAAGAUGGACAGGCUUGUGACCGAGCUCAAGCUGUCGCCUAUCGAAGCGUACCACCACCUCAACCAGCUCAUCGAACAGGUGAAUGCCGUCAUGGGCUCUUUCUUCGCCAGCGAGAGGAUGGAUGACGACCUUCGAUGGCACGAGGAGCGAGAGAAGAGGCUGUCUGAAAAGAAGCAAGCCAAAGACAAUGAGACGGCCGAAAAGAUCAACGAAUCGCUCAAGGAGCAAGAGCAAGAGAGCUAUGAAGAGCUUGACGACGAAGACAUCUACUUUGAUCCAGGGAGAGGGAAUGUCAUCUUCGCCUCAGCCAUCGACAACUGGGCUUUCCGACCCGAUCGCUUCUCGCAUCUCUACGCUCGCAAGCUGGGCAUCGAAGAGGCAAAGUUUCGAAAGGUGCUUUGGGGAGACUUUUACUUUGACCCAAAGUCGAAGAGGAUUUUGACGCACAAGCAGAAGGAAAAAGAAGGGCGGAAUCUGAAGCCAGUGUUUGUCCAGUUCGUCCUGGAGAACAUCUGGUCAGUCUAUGACAGCGCACAAAACAGAGACCAGGACAAAAUCGAAAAGAUCGUCAAAGCUCUCGACCUCAAAAUCCUGCCGAGAGACCUCAAGUCAAAGGAUUCGUCGAGUCUCCUCCAAUCAAUCUUCUCGCAAUGGCUCCCUUUGGCCUCCUGCACGUUCUCUGCCCUCGUUUCCAAUGCACCAUCGCCAGCGACGGCACAGCGACGAAGAAUUCCCAAGAUGCUCCAUCCCGAGCUUCACUACUUUGACGACAGCGAGCCGGGCAGCCCAAUGGAGCAGGACUUGUUCACAGCAAACAGUGCUUCAAGUGCCUUUAGAUGCGCCUACAUUAGCAAGAUGUUCGCGGUCACAAGAUCCGAUCUGCCAGAGGGCAGGCGCAAGGAGCUGUCUGCCGAAGAGAUGCGGGAACGCGGAAGAGAAGCAAGGGAGCGAGCGCAGGCGAUGCAAUCUGCCACAGGGGUGGCUCUUGACGCAAAUGGUGCCGCCGAGGGUGCAGAGGCUGCAGUUGCCAAAGCAGUCAAUGGGGACUCCAGGCAAGAAGAGUUGAGCGACGAGGAAAAGGCACAAGAGGUCAUUUUGGGCUUUGCCAGACUUUACAGCGGCACCAUCAGCGUCGGCCAGUCAAUGUAUGCACUGUUGCCAAAGUAUCGAGCUGACCUAGCACCAUCGCAUCCCAGCAACGCCAAACACAUCCGCAAGGUCUCGAUCGAGGGUCUGUACAUGAUGCUCGGAAGAGAUCUAGUCGCCGUCCACGAGGUGCCAGCCGGAAACGUUUUUGCGAUCCGAGGUUUGGACGGAAGCGUCCUGAGGAAUGCCACGCUCUGCGGUCUUCCACUCGACCGAGGCGAGGUAGACAUCGAAAAGGAGCGUCCGCAAUUCGUCAACCUCGCUGGCAUCAACUCGCUUUCGGCACCCAUCGUCCGUGUUGCUCUGGAGCCAAGAAAUCCAAGCGACAUGCCCAAGCUUGUCGAGGGGCUUCGUCUUCUCAACCAGGCUGACCCGUGCGUCGAGACUAUCGUUCAGGGCACCGGAGAGCACGUCAUCGCGUGUGCGGGUGAACUCCACCUCGAACGAUGCCUUCGCGAUUUGAGAGAGCGGUUCGCGCGAUGUGCUAUCCAGGCCUCUCAGCCGUUGGUACCAUUCCGUGAAACAGCCGUCAAAGCACCUGAGAUGGCACCACCCAAGACAGAGGGCGCAGCAAGGGGCACGAUCCGCUCUUCGUUGUUGAAUGGGCUGGUCACUUUCUCGGUGCGAGCAGUGCCACUUCCGACUGAGGUCGCCACUUUUUUGGUCGACAACACCGCCACGAUUCGCAAGAUUCACCAGGGACUUCAUCGACACCAAAAUCAAUCUUCAGCGGCAGUGGUGGGGGACGAAGGCUCGGGAGAGAUGGAUGAUGACCAACGGGCGGCAGCAGCCGCAGCUGCAACGAAGGAACUCCAGCCAGAAGAGUUCUGGGCGAAACUUGAGAAGCUGUUGGAGAAAAAUGGGCCGAUGUGGCGCGACGUCGUCGACAAAAUAUGGUCGUUCGGACCUCGACGGGUCGGGUCCAACUUCCUCGUGGAUGCUCGAAACGAGAAUUCGGUUCGAUCUCUCCGGAAACACAUCGCAGAAGCUCGUGGGCUCAGUCAGGGCAUCAGUACGCCGUCGCAACCGCACCAAAACGGGCCAGCUGAUGCCGAUGGUGCAGAAGCCGGGACGCAUCUCGCAGACGCACUCGAGAGCGCAAUGAAACUUGGCGAGGAGGGCAAAGACAAAUCAACAGCUCAUGGCGCUGCGAACUGGCAGCCAAAGGAUCUCGACGAUGCCUUCGAUACUGGCUUCCAGUUUUCCUCGCUUCAAGGUCCUAUGUGCGCCGAGCCAUUGCACGGCAUGGCGUUCUUCGUCGAGAGCGUCGGAAUAUCCAAAGAGGAACUUGAGCGAGAGGGCAACCGUCUGAGAUUAACGCAGGUGACGAGCGGCAUCAUUACGAGCAUGCGGGAAGCUUGCAGGAAUGGACUCCUCGACUGGUCGCCACGUUUGAUGCUGGCGAUGUACUCUUGCGACAUUCAAGCCUCCACCGACGUCCUGGGCAAAGUCCACGCUGUUCUCUCACGCCGACGUGGCCACAUUACAUCGGAAGAGAUGAAAGAGGGCACGUCGUUCUUCACCGUCGGCUCUGUCCUUCCAGUCAUCGAGUCGUUUGGCUUCGCAGACGAGAUCCGAAAAAGGACCUCUGGCGCAGCCAGCCCGCAGCUCGUCUUCGCUGGUUUCGAAGUGUUCGAUAUUGACCCAUUCUGGGUACCUCGGACUGAAGAGGAGCUCGAGGACCUGGGUGAGAAAGGCGAUCGCGAGAACGUGGCAAAAAAGUACAUGGAUAAGGUUCGGAAGAGGAAGGGUCUCUUCGUCAACCAGAGGAUCGUGGAAGGCGAAAAACAACGAACGCUCAAGUCUAACUAGACCCAUGUAGCCUACUAGAGCGCAUGCAAUGCAUGCACAGCAUUAUUGAUUAUUGAUUGAGUGGU